AUAUGUGGAAUAAAUCCAAAAAGCUAUAAUGAUCAAGUAAAGCAAAGGUAAGACACGCAUUUACCAUAAGCUAUGGAGGCAUGUAUGCGAUUUAUCUACCGUAAUCCAUAAAGACAUUUAUUAGAUAUAUCUACCGUAGCCCGUGAAGGUAAUCAUAAAAUACAUCUGAUACAUGUGGUGUGUGUUGUAAGUGAAAUGACGCAUUAACUUUAUCAAACACCGUUUGAAAUGAAAUGUAGGACUUUCGGUUCGAACUACUUUUGACACUGUCCUCGCUUGGUUGACCUAUUUUCUGUGUGUAUGUAUAUCGAUGCAUGAAAUAAAACUUGUUAUUCUGUAUUUAUUUAGAAUUUAUUUCAUCACAAAACUAAUAUGACAUUGCCCUCACUAACAUGCUGCAAGUAUAUUUUCGUUGUAUUUUUGGCACUGUGAUGGCACGAUCGAGGCUUCAACUCGCAACAUCCCAGUUGCGAAACGAAUGCUCUAUCCACUGAGGUGUCGCAAUGUGUAUAAUAGAUAAAACAAAGAGAGCCUACAUUCUCUGUCAGUCCAUCAACUAAUAUCCUUGUGAAUCAAACACUGGCCCUGCAAUGCUUAUACAGCACCGACCAACCGGGGGUCUCCUUCACAUUACCGGACAACAUAGUGUGUUUGUUUGCAUACUGGGAUAAUGGAUGCCAGGAUACUAUUUGUAUGGGGACUCUUAUCUCCCCCGAAUGUCCGAACAACCGGACGUACAUAAUUUCCUUGAAUGUGAGUGCUUCGUGGAACAAUGAAGUUUUGUACUGUAGCCCACCGUUUUCUGUAGUACGAAGUAACAAUGUCACUAUGAAAGUCAAAGUGCCGACAAAGUCCGUGAUACUGAAUCCUACCCAGGUCACGGUGAAUACUGGUAAAUCAAUAACUUUAACCUGCCAAACAGAUUAUUGUAACCCAACAGCCAACAUCACGUGGUUCAAGUCGUCAUAUGACAUCACAAGUUCAUCUACGUCUACCACUGAUGUUGAUAGUGACGGGUUUGUCAGAACGACAUAUGUGCUUCAAUACACCUUUGUACGAGAAGAUAAUGGUCAGCAAGUACACUGUACAGCCAGCAACUCAGACGGUCAGAUCGUGACAUCCAGCUUAAGUACACUAGACGUGAGAUAUAUUUCAGAAGUACGAGUGCUUCCGGUCAGUGCUUUAAAUAUCGUAGCUGGACAGUCACAUGUUUGGAUACGAUGUUAUGUACAGAGUGCAAACCCUGGAAACAACGUGCGGUACACAUGGACUAGGAUAAAGGAUAUGAAUUCGUCCACUGUAUCUACAACUCAGAGUUACGUCAUAGAGAGCGUUGAUGUUGGAGAUAGUGGUAGAUAUAUCUGCACGGCUAGGAACUCAGCAGGGAGCUCUAGUGAAUAUGUAGAUAUAAACGUGCAAUUAACUCCCCUGACACCAGUAGUUUUACAGGUUGUAUGUAAGUCCAAUCACGCCAUCAUCAUAUGGACAUCACGACACCCGGAGUAUGACGAUGUUGAACAUCAAGAAACACUUCAGCUGAGCAAAAAGGAUAACACAUUUAACAAUGCAACUUAUGAAAAACUAAAUGACACCCACGCUGGUAUUCAUCUUUAUAAAGUGAACGUUCUGAAGCCAAAUACUAAAUACAUAUUUAGAGUCUUAGCUUCAAAUCGUCAUGGUACAGCUUUCUCCAAUAAUCCGUCAUGUAUCACAGAUUUAGAACAAGUAGAAGAAUCAUCUGGAGGGUGUGACGUUGGCCAGGUGGUGGGUGGAACAGUGGGCGGGACUAUUUUAGUCGCGUUUUUCGUCGCUACUGCCGUCAUUAUGUUAUUCAAAUACAGGAAAGAGAAAACCAGAAAUGACAAAACUGAUCAAUUAGAUCAUGAAAUCAAGACAAAUAACGUCUUGGACAGCAGACAGCAGGGUACGAGUUACGUGGAUCAACUCUCUCCAGAUGAAAGUCAUCCGUAUCAGGGAAUUGGUGUUGAUGUUAUCUCAGAGAUGCCGAUGACAAAUACCUAUGAGGACGUUGAAGCAUCCCAUCUCUCAGAUCAGAGAAACAAUAUUUUAAGAGCUGAAUAUAUGGAUCUAACUGACCAGUCAAAUACAAAUGAGGAAGGACAUGAUGGUCCAGGCAUACUGUAUACCAAUCUUACAUGAACGUGGAAUUAGCGUCAUGGAUCGAACUCACGCAUUGGAAUUCCAACAAUGUUUUGAGGGGCAAUAUACGAUGACAGAUUGUAUCAUGUAGUAUUAUAUACCCUUAUACAAGAGAUAAGGGUAUAUAUAAGAUAUUUAAUAGUAUAGUGUCACUGUUCCUUAUCUUCACUUUUUUAUGUAAAUAUAUAGAGUUAAAUGAUCGAAUUCCCUCAUGUAUCUACACUGUUUGUUGUUUAUUUCCAGCAAAGAGCAUAAAAUACAACAAGAACAAAAAACUCGUUACAAAUGUUUCAAAUGUUUCGACAUUGCUUAAAAAACUCUUUUCCACAUGAUUUCCACGUGAAACUUUUAUUUCUCUAUUUUAUUCAAUUCUUUAUUUGACUAUCAA